CUUUGGAAGCGGGAGGAGGGGUGGAAAUAGCAAUCCACAAAACCCAGCACAACAAUAAGGGGGAGCUGAGCGAGGCUUUUUUGCGUUCCUCCAGCCACCCGCUCCUAAAAAAAGCUCCAUUUGCGCCCUCGUUCAAUCCAUAAGCUGCUUUGCCGGGCGCGCGCGCACGCCGGAGCUCCCUUAAUUCGGAUUAGUGGCCCCCGUCUGGACGCUUUUGCAGGGCUGCUUGCCUCCCUUUGCGGGCUCCGCAUUCCGAGCACGCAGCCGCGGUUCUUUCAAAUGAAUGCAUGUGCGCACUACCUGGACGGCGGCGAGGAUGGAGCCCGGUGCGUGCGCGCGCGGCGGAGAUUCGUGUUAACUGAUUGACGCGGGGUAGAAAGUACGUGUGACAGUCAAGAGUGUCAACGAGCUGCUGGUCGAGGAGAAGAAGAAAUCUGGCCAAGAGGGGCGAUCUUAAGGGCUGCUGUCUGAACAGGUAAGAAGAAAGGCUUCUAAGAGCGAUGGAGUGGCGCCAGGUGCGAUUCCCGGCAUCUCCAGGUGAGGCUGCCGGGAGAGACACCUGCCUAAAACCUUGGCGUGCUGCUUCCAGCCCGUGUCGAUUGGACCAAUGAUCUGAUUCACUAUAAGGCACAUUCCUAUGCCCUUGCAUUUAAGAGAUGCGUAGAGCUGAUAAUUUUCCACAGGUGUAGCUUGCUAAAGGUGCAAGUCCCGUCCCCCACCAUGUAGUUAUAUUAAAGGCAGAUGGGCAACAAAGUUCAAAGCAGCAGAAAUUUAUUGCAGAAGGCAUAUAUAAGUGUCUAGGUGCAACCUAGCUUUGUAAAUAAGGCUACAAAAGUUGUUGUUGUUUAGUCGUGUCCAACUCUUCUUGACCCCCUGGACCUGAGCACGCCAGGCACUCCUGUCUUCCACUGCCUCCCGCAGUUUGGUCAAACUCAUGCUGGUAGCUUCGAGAACACUGUCCAACCAUCUCGUCCUCUGCCGUCCCCUUCUCCUUGUGCCCUCCAUCUUUCCCAACAUCAGGGUCUUUUCCAGGGAGUCUUCUCUUCUCAUGAGGUGGCCAAAGUAUUGGAGCCUCAGCUUCAGGAUCUGUCCUUCCAGUGAGCACUCAGGGCUGAUUUCCUUCAGAAUGGAGAGGUUUGAUCUUCUUGCAGUCCAUGGGACUCUCGUCUCCUCCAGCACCAUAAUUCAAAAGCAUCAAUUCUUCGGCGAUCAGCCUUCUUUAUGGUCCAGCUCUCACUUCCAUACAUCACUACUGGGAAAACCAUAGCUUUAACUAUACGGACCUUUGUUGGCAAGGUGAUGUCUGCUUUUUAAGAUCAAAAGUUACCUGCCUUAAAAAAACAAAAACAAAAAACUAGCCUGUUAUGAGGCUAACAUUCUGUGUUUCUAUGCCAGCUGCAAUAGAAAAGGGAGUGGACCUUCCUUCAUGUAAAUUAUGUACUGAUAAGACUGUGGUGCUGGAUUGCAAUUAUUUGUUAGGGUUUUUUUAAAUUGGGGGCUGCGUUGAAAGGACCUUGGGGCCUGAAAAGCAACGUAAAUAUCUGUUAAAUAAAACAAUGCAUACUGUGGCACAGUCCUAAGCCUACUCACUACAAUUGAAUUCAGUGGGGCUUACUCCCAGGUAAAUGGGGUUCCUAUUGCAGCCGCAGCCUCUUUACAGGAUAAUUAUAUAUUUUAAAAGCCUUCUACUAAAGAGAUUGGAGAAGGAGGGAUACAGUUGAGGGCUGGCUUCCCUUCUCUGCCAACCCACUGCCUCUCAUGCUUGAAAUUCCUGCUCUGGUAUUAACAUUAGCAAAACAACAACAAACCUGUGGUUUUGUGAAAAAUACUCAAUAAACACACAAGACUUAACCGGCUGUGCUUUUGAAUAAAUAAGAUAUAUUAUUCAUUGUAUCAAAUUGUAGAUUUCAAUGGAAGUCUCAUAAAGUUCAAUGAAAAAAGCAGACGACCCAGUGGAUCAGUUCAUUCUCUAGUCAGUUCAUGCCUAAGGUCCAUACAUGUAUAAGUGUCUGUUCCACCUGUCUGUUCAUAGAGUCCAAUAAUCCACAUGAAUGGUUGUUACAGUUCCACAGAAUCCUUUUGCAGAGUCGAUAAGACAAGGAUUUCCGGAAUAUUAGCCUUGUUUCGCCAUCCUAUGCUUCAUCAGUAGAACAGGCUCUAGGUAAUGCAAAUAAAUACAAUAUCGCAAUCUCACACAUUUUUACAGCAAAAUUGAUAUAAAAAACCAUAAACAACUUUACAUACCAUAUGUAAUAUUACAGGAUAGCGGAUCUUAUAGCAGCUAAAAGCUUGCAAAGAACCCCUUCUAUCCAUUUUUUCCACACAUUAAGCUCAAAUGUGCCUCAGCAGGUUGGUGAUUUUAACAUCAAUAAAAAUCAAGAUGUUGAUCAAGAUGCUUAGUGCUGUCCCUUGUGGUUUAAAUCAAGACAAAGGAUUUUUAAAACAUUACACAGCAUGUGUUAAGCACCUUACUAAUGCCAGCAUGGGCUAUCUGUGACUGUUCCUUGCAGAUGGCUCCCUGGGCUUCUAAGACAACUUUAUCAGAUAUAUGAAGUGUCCCCCUGUCUGGUUAGGGUGCUGCAUAUACCCUAAAUACAGAGAGAGGAAAGGAAAAACAAAACCCUGUUUUGAGUGCGGAGGUAAAGUGUUGGCUGGUGCAGUUUUAACCUGGCCAGUGCAGACUCCAUGCUCAAACCCACCCAGAACAUUUCCCCAAAUGGGCUAAUACAUAUUAUAUUUUAACUUUGUUUUUCUCCACGUGGGUGAUGUGACUGCCCUUUCCAGGGGAGCAAGUCAGUUUGCUGGAUUCAUAUCCAAGAGCUGUGUCAGGAGACACCAUGCAGGCCGAUGACGGUGGUGACGCCAUCUUGUUGGGUAAGGAUGCGUUUGAUAGAGCCCCUGGCUUUCUUUAUAAUAUUUGUCAUCAGCUGCAUGCUUGCUUGUGGUGCGUGUGGGUUUUCUGCUUGUAUGUUUUUGUCCUUACGGUGUUUGCUUUUAAAACAUUCAAAUAGCCCGUGUAAACGAGCCCACAAAAGUUACUAGCCUGCCAUUUAUUUCAUUUUCUGCUAUCCUGUUUGAGAGAUGGCGAAGGGCUCCAUCCCUCCAGACUUAAAAAGAGCGUUGCUGGAUCAGGCCAGAGGCCUUCCAUUUGUCCAUUAUCCUGAUCUCACAGUAGCCACCCAGAUGCCUCUAUGAAGCCCUCAAGCAAGACCUGAAUCUCUGCACUUAGCUACAUUAGUAAAGAAACACUGAGUUGAAUGCACUAUAAACAUGCAACACCAGAUGGCGCCAGAGAGCAGUUAAUUUUAAAAUGCGAUUUUCCAUAGAGAUAUUUUUCUUUUGUUAUAACGAUCUAAUUUCUGACAUUUAUAGGUUUGUUUUCCUGUGUCUAAAUCCACCCCCCAUCCCCUCCCCUCUCUCUCACACACACAGCUUCAUGCUGCAUUUCUGUGCCAGGCAAGGAAGUGGGGAAAGGGGCUUCCUCUCUCUGGUUUCCUGCUUGGCUACUAUCCUGGGUGAAGAGGGUCAUCUAGUCCAACCCCCUGCAAUGCAGGAAUCUCAACUAAAACAUCCAUGACAGGUGUCUCCAUCCAACCUCUGCUUAAAAACCUCCAAGGAAGGAGAAUCCACCACCUCCUGAGGCUGUUCCACAGUCAAACAGCUCUAAAACCAAAAAAACAGUAAAGCUGUAGCAUAAAAAAUGAAUUCAGGGAACUCUGGCAAAUAAAAGCAGGUUUUGAGGAGUCAGUUGGGGAAAACAGGCUACUGACGGUGGCUGCUUCAUGUCUAGCACAGGGAAGGGCAUUCCAUAGUCCUGGGGUAAUAGCGAAAAAUGCCCAUUUUUGGGUCACCGCCCUAUGAUAUUCUGUAGGGUGUGGUGCCACAGAUAAAAUGCCCAGAUGAUUGGAGUGGUCUUACAGGUCUAGGCAGGGGCCUGCAGAGGGCGGAGGAGAGGUUGGCUGCAUGCAGGCGCAGUCUCUGAUUGCUUGGGGAAAACUCUGGAGAGGAGGAGACUUAGCUGUGGGGAGAUGGGGGGGGGUUCAGUCUCGGCAACAGAUCCAUGGGGACAAGACCUACCAGGGAUGGACUGCUGUGCUCACUAGGCCUGACACACUGCCUGGUCUGUGCAGAUCACAUUCUUACUAAUACAGUCAUACCUCUUGUUACGUUCGCUUCAGGUUAAAUCUUUUCAGGUUGAGUCCUGCGGCGACCCGGAAGUACCGGAAAGGCUUACUUCCGGGUUUCGCUGCUCGCGCAUGUGCAGACGCUCAAAAUGAUGUCAUGCGCAGAAGCAGCAAAUCGCGAUGUGCAGUCGCGGGUUGCGUUCUGCUCAUGUUGCGAACGGGGCUCCGGAACGGAUCCUGUUUGCGACCAGAGGUACCACUGUAAAGAGUUAACGACGAACUUGCAGGGUGUGAUUUUACUGCCCGUUUGCUCCUGACACCUGACGGCCCAUUUUUCUGUUCCAGGCAGCGAGGAGCGCGGAAAGAUCUACCCGGGAGAGACCCCGCGCUACUGCCCCCUCUACGCCAAAAGCUUUGGCGGCACGCCGAGCCGCGAGAGGCCUGUCGCGGGUGACAAACGCUACAAGUGCUCUGAGUGCGGGAAGGGCUUCAAGAAGCGGUCGGCCCUCCUGACUCACGACCGGACGCACACCGGGGAGAAGCCCUACGGCUGCGCCGAGUGCGGGAACAGCUUCAGCAACAAGUCCAGCCUGACGCGGCACAAGAGGAAGCACACGGGCGAGAAGCCCUUCAGCUGCCCCGACUGCGGCAAGAGGUUCAGCCAGAGCUCCAGCCUCAUCCGCCACCUGAGGAACCACACGGGGCUCCGGCCCUACCGCUGCUCGGCGUGCGGCAAGAGCUUCAAGCAAAGCUCCAGCCUCCUGGUCCACAGAAGGACUCACACGGGGGAAACCCCCUACAGCUGCUCGGUCUGCGGCAAGCGCUUCUCGCAGAGCUCCAACCUGGUGAAGCACGAGAGGAUCCACACCGGAGAGAAGCCCUACGGCUGCGCCGAGUGCGGCAACACCUUCAGCAACAAGUCCAGCCUCACCAGGCACAAGAGGAACCACACGGGGCAGAAGCCCUACAAGUGCCCCCAGUGCGGGAAGCGCUUCAAGCAGAGCUCGGGCCUACUCAAGCACGAGCGAGCCCAUGCGAGGAAGAGCCUCGCAAAACUCCCAGAGCCUAGCAAGCGCUUGGACGCCAUGAGAGCCCACGUUGGCGAGGCCUUGUGAAAAAGCCUUGCUCCGUUGAGGAAAGGUCGAAAGGCAUGAAGCUCGUUGGUGUUGAAACCGUACGAACUCAGAAAUUGUGGGGCUGCGGCCCUUCUGGAGUUCCUGGGCUGCAACGUCUGCCAUCUCCGACUCUUUGGGGGUGGAAGAAGUUGGAGUUCAGCAACUUUUAGGAAAGUCAUAGGUUUCCCCACGUCUAAUACCGCACGUGUUUGGUUCAGGGCAUGCGCAACUCUGGACCCUGACGCCUAGCUAGAUACUAGUCAAAAGUCCACUGCUCUCACAGUCCACACAAGGCUGACAAAAUGGCCGCCACUGUUGACAAGCUGUGGUUGGUUGGUUGGUGUGUGUCGCAGGCCCGGCGGCAAGGUUUUCUGAUGUUUAGCUCUCUUUGUACAUGGGAGGAUUCCCUCCUGGGAGAAAACUUUUAAAACGAGGCAACUGCUCCUUACUCAACAGAGAAUUUCCCAAGGAGAACCUGGAGAAGGGAGGCAGGAACCUGUUGCUGGCACCAUCAGGCGAUUUGAACCAGAGAAUCAUCAGUUUCCUGGUCCAGUAAAGGAUUUUGUUAUCUUCUAUGUUCUUAGAGUAGCCUUGUAAAUAAAAACCACAGAAGUUACCUCAGGACUGGCCAAACCGUUAGGCAGCGUGAGGCGGCUGCCUCAGGCAACUAAUUUUGGGUGUCAUGAAAGUGUAGCAAAUGGUUUUAUGUUGUUGUCUUUUUACCCCCAGCCUUUGGUUUUACGCACCGUGACCUGAGAGGGUGCCAUUUGUUCCACCCUAAGCAGCCAAAAUGGCUCAGGCUGGACCUGAUAUGCCUACUUAAAAGCAAGUAGACUGCAAUUCCGUGCUGGUCGUGGAGGAGGGAAGUGCAAUAAUAAGAAACUUAGGUUUCUUCCCUCCUCCAUGGUCAACAUAGAAACCUAAGUUUCUUAUUAUUGCACCAAAGUGGACUAGCGGAGAAGGUAUGAAUCGCUCUGUUCCUUUCUGUGGAGCAAUCUGUCCCUUCUCCAGUUUGCUUGUUUGCCUGCGUGGAAUUCCUGCUCGCCUGUGGCGACCAGGUAAGCUCUUAAACACAAGGCUGCAUCAGAUGGAGUUGAUCACUGCCAUGUUAAAAGUAUUUUUAGUUGCCUCGGUUAGAAAUGCUAGCAGACAUCUUUGUUUAUACACGUAAAGAAUAUUAUUUGGUAAACAAAAAAGUCCUCCUCUGUUUAUAGCAAAUGGGAGACCUAAAUUAACGCACACACUGGUAUUUUCUUUCUAUUUGUUUAAACACAUUUAAGGUGGCAGUCCUAUGCACAUUUAACUUUCCACCCUCGGGACUUGCUCAUGAGUAAGCGUGCAUCGACUCGGGCCUUUCAAGUCUAUUUAUUAAUCACGGUAUCACACCCUUUUCAAAAUUCUAGUGCUAGCCUUAAUUUUUAAGCCUGAACGUUAAUUUUUCUGAGUAACCUUAUCACUCUGUUGUUGUAUCCGAUGCCUCAGUAGAUAAGAGGCUUUAAUUUGGGUGUGGACGUUCUGGCUUCAUGUCCUGCCCAUAUGUAGCCUUCCUGUCUUGUCCAAGUUAGCCUCACUUAACCCAUUUGGAAAAUGGGAAUAGCCCCCCCCCCAGCCUACCUCACAGGGUUGUUGUGGGGCUGAACAUAAAUAAAGACUGUACACCCUUCA